AUGGCAGACAAAUCACCAGCCCUGGCCCCACGCCUGCGCUGGGAGACCAUCAACGAGCCUCUCCUCCUCACGAUCUACGACGUAGACCAGGCCAUCUACCCAGCCCCAGACCUAACCUUCGACCAACUCCAGAGUUGGGCUACUUCAUGCCCAGAACUCUUCCUCUGCCUCCGCCCCGAUGCCGACCUGGCCGCCCCGCCCGGGCUGCAAGGCGAAGACACCACCUACGGCGUCAUCAUCGCGCUUCCCCUUCGGAAAGCCGCGUGGGAAGACUUGCUUGAGGGCCGGAUCAGGGAGCAUGACAUCGACGCGGCAACAAUGUUCCCCCCGCCGCUGGUCGGCGACAGCGAUGAGUGCGAGGUUGGCUUGCACGUUUUUCAUGUCGAGCGCCUCCCAGGCUUCGAGGCAGUGCGGAAUUCCUCCGCCAUGAGGCUCACAGAGAUUGCCCUGCGAGAGAUUCAGAAGCGCACUGGGGAGAGGUUCCGGUCUUGGAAGGUCGAGGGGUAUUCUGCCCUCACCGUGACGACACAGGGCCACCGGGCCUUUCGGAGGAGCGACUUCACGCAAAGAUACGUCGAAACUUUAGGCAACAUCUCCUCCGAUCCUACUCCCCCACUUGAGGAGUUGUCACAAGAUAUUACGGCUGUUAUGAUGGAGCGCAGAGGAAAUGAUCCCUUUUAA